GUGCCCCCUAAAGUGACUUCCUGUGCCUCCCAAAGUGACUUCCUAUCCCUGUUAAAGUAGCGUGGAGCAUUAGGGCAGAUGGGUUGAGUGGAUUAGUGUAAUCUCCUCAGUGCACAUUGGAGCAGAAGAAGAGGAAGAUGAAGGUCUUCACUCCUUCAGCGGUGGUCCUCUUGGUCCUCAUGGUGUCUCAGGACAAGACUGCUGUUGACGCUCAGGAGAUCCCGCAGGAGGAGCAGCAGCAGAUCCUGGAGACCUGGACCAGGAAGGUCCAAACGUGUACCUGCGACUGUGAGUCGCCCACACGCUUCCCACCCACUGAAACCUCCACCUCGCCACCACCUCCUCCUCCUCAGAGUCACCUGCUGACUUGCAUGCCAGAAUGUUCGUACCACCAAGCGUUGGGCUUUGAAUCUGGAUCAGUGAGUCCAGAACAGAUCAGCUGCUCCCACCAGGACCAGUACACCAGCUGGUACUCUUCCUGGGUCCCAGACCGAGCUCGCCUCAACAACCAAGGCUUCGGGUGCGCCUGGCUCUCCAAGUACAACGACCAGCACCAGUGGAUCCAGAUGGACCUGAAGGAAGUGGGCGUGGUCUCGGGGAUUAUGACCCAGGGGCGCUGCGAUGCUGACGAGUGGAUCACAAAGUACAGCGUUCAGUACCGGACCUUGGACUCGCUCAACUGGGUUUACUACAAGGACCAGACCGGCAACAACCGAGUCUUCUACGGGAACUCGGACCGCUCGUCCACCGUCCAGAACCUUCUGCGUCCGCCCAUAGUGGCUCGCUUCCUGCGCCUGCUCCCGCUGGGCUGGCACACCCGCAUCGCCCUGCGCAUGGAGCUGCUCAUGUGCCUCAACAGGUGUGCCGUCGGCAGUUAAUAUGUGUCCUAAAUAUUUAUCAUACUUCUUGUCUUCCUGGUGAAUGAAAUGUCACUUUCAAUAUUAGAAUAUGACUUCAUAAAGGAUUUUUUUUCCUUCUGAAUAAAAUAAAUCAGAUUUUUUUCUCGCAACAAUUGUAAUCAUUGGAUUGUUUUCCAACAAAAAAAAAGGCUAUGAAGUAAUAUUUUUCUAAGGGUAUUUCAGGAAAAAUAAAGAAUAUUCUUAGAAUAAUUUGUUUUUUUACGUAAUAAAAAAGCU